CGAAGCCCAGUAUGUAGUGUGGAGCGAAAACAAGCAAGGGAAGUAGCUUGCACAGUGAAGUAGUGCUAAAAAAUUGUGUGUGCCAAUGUGAAAAUAACAAAAUAAGUGUAUUAAAUUAAGUGCGCGAUUGCGAGUGCAAAUGUGCAGUGAAAAAUCAACGAAUUGGUGUUAGUUAUGGAAAGCAAUCCCAGGAAGCAUCAUGUGAAAUAGUGUGUGUUGUGUGCGCCCAAAAACAAUUUUCUCAAUGAGGUGUUUAGGGCAAAAUGGUCAGAGAGACUAGACACCUUUGGGUCGGAAAUUUGCCCGAGAAUAUACGAGAAGAUAGGAUACGAGAACACUUCAAACGGUAUGGCCGCGUUCAGAGUGUCAAGCUGCUGCCGGCACGGAGCACUAAGGAGGAGGCGUCGGGCGAAACGACCAUGGCAUGCUGCACGGUCGCAUUUAUGGACAUCAAGAGUGCGUCCAAGGCGCACACAGCCGAACACAAAAUUGACGACAGGACUCUGACCACCGAGUACUAUGAGCCCGCUGCCAUUCCGUCCUCCAAUAGCAACAAUUCCGCCUCCUCCACUUCAUUAUCCUCCUCUGCUGCUGCGUCUGCAACGAAUGCUGCGACCGCGGCAGCAGCAGCGGCGGCUGCAGCGGCCGCAGCUGCCGCGACGGUUGCCGUUACGACUAUUGCGUCACCUGGCGGUUCUUCGUCGAAUGUUACUGUCGUGCACCAGAACAACAUUGGCUCUACGUACUCCUCCACGUCUACCUCACCGGGAAACGGACGGUUUUCCAAUAGUCACGGCUCCGUCGACGAACAUACAAAUUUUCCGAGCGACAGAUUUUACGAUAGAAGCAACAGUAGUCGGCUAACGGAACCAGAUUAUAUUCGUCGUUCGUCGGGCGCUGGCGCUGUUUACCACGACUCCAGGGGUCGUAAUAGGGAACGCGUAUACCGGAACGGUCCUCCUUUUGGUACCGCAUCUGUUAUCGAACGGCGGACGCUAAACAGCACGUGGCCAUCAUACGACACAGCUUCGAUUACGACAUUACCUACGGGUACGAGCAGCAGGUACAACUCCGAAACAGGGUAUGGAACACCAGAGUCAACGGAUCGGCGAUCUACAGAUUCUCAGAAAAGUACAAAAAAGAAGGCAAAAUCGCGUUCGGGAAGCGGGUCACCUUCACCCAGUGGUAGUGCAUCGAGUCGGACACCAUCUCCGUCCCGGUCGCGAAGUAGCAGCUGCUCAACUACCAGCUCGACCUCCAGGGACACCAGCUCGACUAGUUCUCCAAAAUCCCGACGGGUAUCUUCUGUCGUUAAUACAGACGACAAGAGACCUCUUGCAAUAUGUGUCAAGAACCUUCCUCAAAGGUCCUCGGAUACUUCUCUUAAAGACGGGCUCUUCCAUGAAUACAAGAAGCACGGAAAAGUGACGUGGGUGAAAAUUGUCGGAACCGGUCCCGAUCGCUACGGUAUCGUAUGUUUUAAGAAGCCGGAAGAUGUAGAAAAGGCGCUCGAAGUGAGUUAUGACAAGCUAUUUUUUGGAUGUAAGAUCGAAGUUGCCGCGUACCAAGGUUUUGAUAUCGACGAAAAUGAAUUAAGGUAUUAUGAAGCGGACGUGGAUGAAUACCAUCCGAAAGCAACACGGACUCUUUUCGUCGGUAAUUUGGAAAAGGAAGUUACUGCGUCUGAUUUACGAAAACAUUUCGAUCAAUUUGGCGAAAUAAUUGAGAUUGACAUAAAGAAACAGGGUGCAGUAAGUUCGUAUGCUUUCUGCCAGUAUUCAGAUAUUGCAAGCGUAGUGAAAGCUAUUCGAGCUUUAGAUGGCGAACAUUUGGGUAAUAAUAGAGUUAAAUUGGGAUUUGGUAAAUCAAUGCCCACAAGUUGCGUAUGGGUUGACGGAGUAGCGGACAAUGUUACGGAAAAAUUUUUAACAGUACAGUUUGACACGUAUGGUGCCGUAACCCAAGUUGUGAUUGACCGUGAUCGUGGUCAAGCUCUCGUUUUCUACGAACAAGUGAUGAGUGCUCAGGCUGCAGUAGCUAAAAUGCGCGGUGUUAGUGUACGGGGUCGAAAGAUCCAAGUUGAUUUUGCUAGUCGCGAGUGUCAGGAAGGUUUUUACGAACACCUCGAAAAACAUGGACAUCCAACAUCGGUCGUUGAAGAACGGCGUGAUUCUUCGUCUAGGAGUUUCGAAUCAAGUACAUUGUCUUCAGCAUCAGCAAGAUUCGUUAGAUAUGAUUCGUCUUCGCGUCCUCGGACAUCUUCAUAUAGCAGUCGAUCUAGUGUUACAGGGAAUCCGUGUAGCAAUGUUGUACCCGCAAUAGCGUCCCCAGGAACCCCGGGGUCGGUAACUCCUCGUGGAAGUGGUUCUCGAUCACGGCUGGCGCGUUACACUGAUUAUUACGAUCAAGGCAUUGGUGAUUAUAUCGAUCGUAGUAGAUAUCGAAGUUAUGAUGAAUACAGUCAAGGCAGUGCAGCAUCUCACGAUGACCCUUAUGAUCACGAAUAUGCCACGUAUGUUCGUGAUAGUCCUUCACAUUUGGAUGGUUUGGAUACUCGACUGACGCAGCAUCCAGAUAUUGGAAGUAUUUUUCCUCAGGCUCCACCUGAUAUACGGAAUUUACAGAAAGAACGCGUUCACCUUCUUGAACAACUUGAAGACUGUCAUAGUUCUGGUGAUGAGUUAAUUAGUCCUAGAAAGCGUCUUAAACUCGAUAGUGACGUUAUAAUCGAAACUAAUCGGGACCACCAUCAUCGGAAAGUGAUGGAAGUGCGUAGAACAUCGGAUGCUAGUGGCAAACAUCAUUCGCGGCGGCCUUCGGUUGAUAACGGUGGCAAACACACGUUUCGUGAAGUGACAACUGGUUACGUACCACACGCAGUGUGUAAAAGACGAAAAACAGCGGGUAGUGAUAGCAGCAGUGCGCGUGUGCAUCACCACGAUUUAAGCGGCUCAGAAAGUGUUGGUAGUUCUCGACCUGGUACGCCACUAUGUGACGAACGGCCCGAACACUUCCCGAGCGAGCCAAGGAGGGCUACUCCACGUGAACGUGAAGGUCCAUUAAGUUUACCUUUACCGAGGUUUGCAGCUCAAAUAAUGGGAAAAGGAAGCGUGUCAGUGGCAGGAAUAAAAGGUCAAAAGGAGGCAACUAACGUGCUUGCGAGUCCACCACCCGCCGCUACUAGUCCCAGGAUAGUAACGAAUGCAUUACCAGCGGUUCCACCGCCUGCUUCACCACCUCCACGACCUCCAUCUCUUAGUUCAAAUACUAGUGAUAGUGACGUAGCUCCACCAAGCCCUUCGUUAGAUGAACGAAUACGUUCAUUAGACGAAAAGUAUGAAAAGUGGUCGGGUUCUCGAGCAUUAAGUGCCGCCGGUGGAGAUGCUCUCGCGAAACUUGAUGCAACUGCCUCGGAGCGGUUUCGCUUUCGUCACAAACUUUUAGAUUUAGACCUAAAGGAAGUGCAACCAUCGGAAAUAGUUAAGUCUGUGAUGGCGAAGCGAUCGGUGUUUGACGAGGACUCUAAACGUUUGGAGAAUGUAGGUGAAAAAUACGAACCGCGUGAAUUUAGUUUAUUCGCUAGAACAACUACGACAUCAGCUAUUACCUCUGUGACGAUUUCAUCGACGUCAUCUGUAAUGCAAAACACUGUACCUGUAACGCCGCUUCCUGCGACAUCUCACAUGAAAGUUCCCAGUUCAACCCCGACUAUGCUAUUAUCGCCAAGAGCAGCUGGAACAUCUCUUACAACAAGUUUAACGGCUGUAAAAGGUCUUCAGUACCCUUUUCCAACACACCCGCCAAUUCAACAACCAGUUAUCGUAUCAACGUCAUCGCCAGUCAUUAGUUCGUCGUGUAUUUCAACUGUAACGACAACACUACCAUUGAGAUCAACUAAUCACCAAAGUGAUGUUAAAGUGAAACUUUCUGCUAGUGUCAGCACGCCUGUAACAACACAGUUAGCUACAAAAGUAACGUUAAAUCGCAGUGUCACAAGUAAUAGUUCGUCUUCAGUAACUCAAGCGAAAUCUGGUGAUAAUGUUUCUCUCGCGAUAAAUUUAAGCGAUAACGGCGGUGUUGCGUCUUUAACACGCAAUGAGAGUAAAUCGGGUGAUAAAAUAAUGAGUAGGCGUGACUCUAGUACUAGUAACAGCAGUUCCCCAAGGAACCGUCGGAAUAGUGAGAACAGUUUACGUAAACAAAACAGUGAUAAAAAUAGUGACAAUUGUGAUAAUAAUAGUGGUUUAAGUGAUUGUCAUAUUAAAGACGAUCGUAAUGAAGAAUUUUCAAAAGAGCAACAACAUCGCAUGGAAAAGGAAUACCUUGAAAAAGAGAAACAAGAAAAGGAACGACUAGAGAUGGAGAAGUUAGAAAGAUUAGAAAAAGAACGUCUUGAGAAUUUGGAAAGAGAAAGACUAGAAAAGGAACGAUUAGAAAGGGAAAGGGCUGAAAAAGAGCGCGCAGACAAAGAAAGACAAGAUCAUAUAGAGAGAGAGCGGCGACGUAGUCGAGAAGAAAGGGAGAGGCGUGAGAAAGAGGAAUUAGAGAGGCGAAAUCGCGAAGGGCAAGAAAGAUUGGAACAAGAAAAACGAGAAGAGCAAGAAAAACGCGAAAAAGAAGAAAGCGAACGAUUUUUGAAAGAACAAGAAGACCGCGUUGAAAAAGAAAAUACAGAGAGGGAACAACUACAGCGUAAACGUGAAGAAGAAAAAAAACUAGACAAUCAUCACGAAAAAAGAAACAGAGAUCAUGUGAGGUACGCCAAAGAAAUUUUUUCUAGUGACACAAAACAUAAAGAGACCACUUCCGAUGUGUCCAAAAGCGACAAAAAUACCAAAGAAAGUAGCAAGUCGAAGGAGAACCAAGAGCAUUCGAAAAAAGACACGUUUUGUGAUACUAAUAAACGGGACGAGCUCAAAUAUAAACACAAUAUCGAUCGAGACGUCGAACGACGUAAAGAAAACACCAAAGAGAAUAAAGAUAACAAUCUUCAUGAUAAAACGGCACAUAUUGUUAAUGAAAAUCACAAAGAAAACCACAAACAUCUCCUUGAGAGCCGACAUUUUUCUAUUGAUGUUGGUAAAAUACAAUUUGAUAUUCAUCGUAGAAAAGAUAAAAAUAACGCGCAAGAAAAUAUGGGAUUUAAAAGACGUAUGAGUUUUCAAGAGACAUUAGAGAAUGUAGAAGAAGCGAAAAAGUUGAAAUUAAGUCACGAACAAAACAAGAAACUCCCUGAACGCCGUGAUUCAAAAGAUAGUCGUUUAGAUGAAAAAACAAGAAAUAAACACAAAAAUAACAUUGCAAAAAUAAUUGAAGAUAAAAUUAGGCAUGAAAAGCAUAAUAGUGUAAAAGAUGUUAUAGGAGAGGAAAAAAGAAAAGAUAAAGAACGGGAUAAAGAAGAAAAGCAUAAGCAUAAACAACUUAAAAUCGAAAAGCAGAAGUCAAAAGAAAAAAACCGAGAAAAAGAUGCCCUUAUAUUAUCACAGAAAAGUAAUAAAGAACCAUUGUAUAAAAAUGAAUCCAAGAGUGCUGAUGAAUUAGAGAAAUAUAAACAAAAGAAAGAGUUAAAAGAAAAGAGAAAGCAGGAAAGUUUGGACAUUGACGAACAAAAAAUAGAAGAAUGUAAAAGGACUGACGAUCGCAGAAAAGAAAAACGUUUAUCUUUAGAGGGAAAAUCUAAAGAAGAAACCUGUAACAAAUCUGAUGACAGAAGAUCUCAAAAGAAAGAGAAGACUCGCAAAAACAAUAGUUCUGAUGCAGCCACUGAUUCUGACGAACCUAAAAAGCAACAUUCAAUAUUUGAUAUUGUUGAUGAUGAACCUGCCUAUAUUUCUAUGUAUGACAAAGUAAAAGCACGAAGUUGUAAAAAUAUGCAAAAACAAGAAGAGGAAAAAAGACAAGAAAAACUUAAGGCGAAAUUCAAUCAGCUGAAACAGAGUCGAGCCAAGCGUGAAGAAAAGAAACGAUCAACAUCUUGGGAGGAAGACACCGAUUCUGAACAUGAAAAGCAAGAAAGACCGUCUAAAAACGAUAAAAGUCGUAGGAGUAGCAAGAUGUUCAUAUUGAGUUCAGAUGAUGAUGAACAUGGAGCUAAAAUUAAAUCAAGAAAGAAGGGUGAUUCUGUUAUAGGAUCAGAUGUAGAUAAAGGAAGGCAAAUUAAAUUAGAUUUAUUUGAAACUAGUGACGAAGACGUUACAAAGUCCAGAAGUUACCAGCAUAAAAUUAUAAAGUCACGCAUUGCAAGUGACUCUUCUGACAACGAGUUUAGGAAAACAGAGACUAAAAUUAAAGUCGAACCUAAAACUGAAUUAUUUUCUGAUACAGAAUUUGAUACAAAGUCCUUUAUGGAAUUGGAGGAUACAAACUUGUUUAAAAAAUCGGAAGUCCUGAAAUAUAAUUUGAAAAAGGAAAAGAAAAGUAAACAUGAUUUGUUGGGAUCCGAACAAAUUAAAAUGCAGGUUUUUGGCGAAUCGCCUGUUCAUGAAAUUAAAUCUGAAAAUAAGUACGAUGAUUCUCGGACAUUUGGUGAUGUAUCAUCAGAAGAGAGUCAUCAUAAGAAAGAGAAAAAUGAACUUAGAAGAAAACAUAAGAAAAAGCAAAAACGUCAGAAACACUCUUUCUCGAGCGAAGAUUCAACUAGACUGGAGGAUAUGCCUGCUGUUGUCAACAGAGAGGAGAGUAUAGAAAAAUACAAACCUAUUGAAAAAAAGAAACCCCAUAAAAUGAAAGACAAGAAGCGUGAUAAAUUGAAACAUGACGAAAAGCAAAAAGAGAAAGCAAAAAGAGCAAAAAAAUUCAAACCAGAAAUAGGUAAAUCCGAACCAAAAGACAAGAUAGAAAAUAUUUUCGGUUCAUUUUCUGAGGAUUCUGAACAUGGCCAAAGAGAACAAGAACAACAAAUUGACAAUUUGCAGAAAAGUUUGAUAGAUAAUUGUUUUGGAAAUGAUAAAAGCCAUGCUCGUUCAAUUUAUAUGAGUGAUUCCGAUGAUGCACCAAUGCCCGAAAAAGAGACUUCUAAGUUGGAAGAGAAAGAGCGUAAUAAAGAACAUAAACGGAAAAAGGAAAAGAAGCGUAGAGAAAGAGAAAAACGACAAAAUGAGGAAGAAACUAAUGAAAAUAGCAUGGACUAUGCAGAUCUUGGCAGGCAAUUAGAAGACAAUAUCAAAGAUGACAAUUUAAAUGAGUUUGAACAGAGUGAAGUCACUGCAGUAGAUUUUGAAAGUAAAACUGAAUCAAACUCAAAGGUCUUUAAUUUCAUUGAAAGUCUUGAAUCAGACAGUGUUGUUAAAGAAGAAGAUAAACGAGAGCAGCGAGAAAAGAAAAAGAAACGAAAGAAGAGCAAAGAAGAAAAACAUAAACAUCAUCAUCACCAUCAUAAAGAUAAAAUAAAAUCUCCAGAAAUUAAAAAGGAAUCUAUUGAAAUUCCAAAGAAAUCGCAAAUAGAAAAGUCCACAGUACAGAGUCCGAGUCUGCCAAAUAUAAUUAGCCCAGAAAGUCCACCACAUUUUAAACCAGUUCCAGAAACUGAUUUUUCUGUUUCUUCGAAGUCCACAGAUUCAACCGGAAGUUCAAAAAGUUCUUCGUCGAAAGAAAAGACUCGAGAUAAACUGAUACCUUGUUUUGGUACUGUUAUCGAUGAAACUGUUCAUGAAAAUGCUGUCAAGUCUAUUUCUGAAUUUGAACCUUCAAAAACUAAAAAUGCAGCUGCACUUAACGAGGAAGAAACAAAAUCCGAAAAAUCUGAUGUUACAGAAGAUAAACAUCGAGUUGUUAUAUCCCAAGAAGAAACAGAAGAUGCAGUUGCAGCUCUACUAGGAGAAAGUUUUGGCAGUAAUAACUUUAGUAAUACGUACACAGAAGAUCAAACAAAUUUAGAAAGUUCAGAACAAGAAGCUGCUGUUGCGGAAGAAAAUUCAGCAGAAGAUUUAGAAGAAAUGAGACAAGCCGUACAAAGUUUGAAUAAUUCGACUGACAUGGAGAUAAAACCAGAUACUCCUCAAAGCGAACAUGAAUUACAAAUUGAUACUGAUACUGAAGAACAAGAAGAAGCUGGGUUGCGAUUUGAUCAACCUCCGGCAACCCCAGCAACCCCAGACAUGGUGGAUUUAAGUCACCCUCCUAAAACUCCCGAUGUUCCUUCUUAUUGUAGGCCCGAAGAACAGUCAAAGACUACAAUUGUUAUAAAGGCUACAAAUUUGGGAAGUCCACCCUCAUUAACUCCAAUUAAACCUAAUCCAUCUGCUGCUGAAGUGAAACGAAUUACAGAUGAUGUACCAGUAAAAAGUAGCUCUCCCGCUUUGACGGUUGUUUCUGAAGUGCCUUUAUUCACGCACAAGAAUUCACCUACCGAAAUGAAGAAAGAUACUCCAGAUCUGAAGUCUAGUGGAAAAGGUGAUGAUCGACCUCUUCUUUUGAGGCCAGCGUCAGUGAAUGUUUUACAUGCUGUUGUGCCUCAAACAAAAGCUGCUGUUCAACCCCGUUCUUAUAGCACCCCUCCUAUGGUUAAGAUUACUGAACCUGUAAUUAGACAAAUUACAAUUUCGCCAAAAACUGACUCAACGUCACCAAAGGGUGGUACCGAAAUAAUUACGAAGGUUCAAACUAUUCCUGUUUUACAGCCGUUAAAAACUCCUAAUAAUGCAUCUAUAUCUCACAGUAUCCCGCUAAAAAUUCAAUUUCCGGCAACACAAAAUCAGCCCAAGCAGUCUCCUUCUACCACUUCUACAGCGGGACUUUUGUCUCCUAAAGUUUCAAGUACUGUUACAUUCAGUCGUCUUCCAAUAACACCUGUAAUGGUUUCAACACCUUUCCAACCUACUACUAUGUAUUUGCCACAAUCACUUACAGCUCAAACAGGGGAGUUAAAAAAGACCUCUCCACCAGUUAUAUCUUUUGAAAGAAAUCAAGAAAGAUCAUACCAAAAUCCUCAGUUCGCGAAUGCUUCUCAUCCUCCUACGCCGAUGGUUAUUCAAGCGAAUGUCACUCUACAAAGAAAUUUGCCAUCUCAUGGAUUAUUAGUCCCAGCUAAAUCUCUCCCUUCAGGAAAUUAUAGCUACGUGCAAACGUUAGCAUCGACUUCCUACAGCGCCAGCAGUCAGUUAAUUUCUCCAAAAGACAGUGUGACCACUACUUGUGACAAAUCAAAACCACUUACUGUAUCAGUGACAGAACCACCGAAAUUAGUGCCUACGAAUCUUCCUGCAUCUUUCGUACAUUCGCCUGUUUCUAGUUCUUUAGGAACGGUGCAAACAUCUUCCAUUCUACAAACAUUACCAAGCACUCAAAGCGCUAUUUCCCCUAACGAUGUAAACAAAUCAUUUGCUAAAGUUAUACAAGAAUCGCCGAAACUUCAUUCUCCUGAUACUGAAAAAGUAGCAUCACAGAUUUCUUCACCCUUGAUGCAAAACGUAGUCAAAGGAAGUGAAACUCCUGUCAUCAUUACAAAUACUUCUUUGGAAAAGAAACCAGAGACGACAUCGUCCAGUAAGGAAACUUCCAAAAUGUUGGAGAUUAAAGAAAAAGAAUCUGUUGUUUCAGAAAGUAUUGGUAAAGAAGAGCAAAUUGAAUCAAAGGUAGAAGAUAUGGAACUUUGCUCUCCUAUAAUUAAAGAUGAUACAGAAAAAGAGCCUCUUGCAAUUGCUAAAGUAACAGAAGAAUUGAAUAAAAGUUUACUCAAUGAGGUGGAAUCCAAAAAUAUCGAAGUAUCAAGUAAUGAAAAUAAAAGGUUUGAUCAAAAUGAACCAGAUCAUCGGAAUAAUUCGUCGAUUAACGAAAAAACUGACGAGGAAAUGCCUGUCGAUGAUAAAAAUGUGGCUGUUGAUAACUUAUCUAAAGAGAAAUUACCCCCAAAGGAAAUUCCUUCGGAAAUUAAAGUUGAAGAACAACCUUUAAAACAAAAUAAAUCUGAACCGGUAGAUACAAAAGAAGAUAGUGACUAUUGGUCUGCAAAAGAAGUUAAUAUUGAUUCUGUAAUUAAAAAAGUUGAUGCACUUUGCUCUGGUGAUGAUGUUAGCGAACAGAAACCCGAAGUUACAAAUGAAGAACCGAAAAGUGAAAAAACAAUAGAUUCUCAACAUACAUUAGAACUGUCUUCUGAUAAAAUAAAAGAAGACGACUUUAAAUCGGAAAAUGAAGUGGAUUCUUUGAUUGCUGCGGAAAAUGAAUGCUUAAAUUUGAAAGAGGAUGAAGUAUCUGAAGAAAAGGAAAUUAGUACGCGAAGUAGUAGAAGGGGAGGUGGUAGAGCAAUUCGUGGUAGAAAAACUCGAGGUACUGAUCGGGCAGGAGUUCAAACACGCCGAAGUAAAACGGCAAAAGAAAGUGGGGUAGUAUCCAAAAGAGGUGGGAGAGGGGGGCGAGCGAAAGUUGAAAGAAAAACAUCAAAAUCAGAAUCUGAAACUAACGAUAUCUACGAGUUCCGAGAUGAUUCUGAUGAAAGCGGAGUCAAUAAAGACAGACCACGUUUAAUAUUAACAAUUAAGUCACCAGUUGUUGCUGGAAUUGGUAAUGCCCAAACAGCUGUUCUGAAGGAGGUUUCUAAAGAAGUCAUUACGCCUCCAAAAUCUGAAACUAAAGAAGAUUUCACUUUACCACCCGCCACUAAUACUAGAAAAUCUCGCCGUUUGCAAGAACGUGAUGUUUCUCGAAACACUGUUGAUGACACCAUUGAAGAUGUUGUGAAGAACACAAUUAUUACACGGUCUGCAAUUACUACUUCUGCAACACCUCAAACUAGACGUUCUACGAGACAAGCAGGUGCUAAAGUAGUACCAGAAACACCUAGAAAAUCGCCCAGAGGAAGUGUUCGUAAAAAAGAUCGUCGAAGUUCUGAAACCACAGAUGAUUCAUCUGAAGAAAAAACUGCGAAUAAACCUGAAUCCCCCAAAAAAGAUGAAAAAGACAAUGUCCAUAAUAAAAGUCCAGUUUGUCAUAUUGAGGAUACAAAACCUGUGGAAGAAAAAACAGAAAUUGUUAAGGAAAAACCUCACGAAGGGUUGAAAGCUGCUGUUUUACGAAGAGUUAAAGGAGAGACAGAAAAACAAGAACCCAUGACACUAAUUGAUCCUGUUACUGGUCUUCUCAUGCCCGUAAGAGAAUGUGAGGAGGGACGUUAUAUUCCAGUGUCUGGAAAUGGAGGUCACAUGCAAAAAAUGUCCAGCGAGAUUCAGGCAGAAGUGUCGGCAUUGGAAUCAUCACCAGCUGCACUUCAACAAGCUCAAACUUCUCAGUCUAUAAAAACGAGUCUGUCGAAACCUUUAGAGAUUCAUGUAUCCACUCCAACAGUAAUAACAUCUUCGUCUCCUGUACUACAACCGAAGUUGCAAUCACUCAAAGCUCAUGUUCUUUCCUCUCAAGCAGCUCGAGCAGUUGUUAAUCAAAUUUCUAAACCUUCACUAACUACGCCAGUUCAAAAAAUUAAUACUACAAUUACGCCACAACAACCUCAUCCCCAAAUACCUCAGCAAGGUUUUACUAUUCGUACAGGCGCUCCUAUUAGUCAAAAUUUGACUGUAAAUGUUUCCACUUGCAAUUUGGUUCCCGCUCAUUUAUCUCCCAGAACAAGUUUGCUUCCAGGAGUUGUCAAAACUGUUCAGUCUAAACCUCCUCUUUCACCAACUCAUUUAAUUGUCCAUAAUAAUUCUACUAAACAACAAAUUAUGCAAAAAGUAGUUGGCAAACAAAUUCAGAUCCCUCCGAAAGCUCAUUUACCACCUGGUUCAUCCGUUGUUGUAACUCCAAUUAUAAAUCCAGGUGCUCCUCCUAGCAUUAAACAACAACAGACACAGAUGAUAAAACAACAGCAACAGAUAGUACUAGGAGGAAAACCUUCCAUCAAUAAAAUGCCUAUUAUGUCGGGACCUCAAUUGAAGGAGGCCCAUUUGGCAAAUCAGCAAGCUUUGGCGGGUAUUGGAGGUACCAGAUUAGUGCAGGCAUCAGCGUCAAUUCCAAAUGCAAGCGCGAAGGGUAAUAUGGAACCGCCAAAAGUAGAAGUUUCAAUAGGAGGAUGCGUAAUGGUAUCAAGACCAAGUUCUUCGCCGCAAGGACAACCUAGACAUGUGCUACAGACUGGAUUGCCAGUACCGCCUUAUGAAGCCAGUUUGCAUGGGGAGAGGAGUUUGUAUAACCGUAGUCGAAGUCCGCCACCUGCUCAUCAAAAUUCACCAUCACCACAGGGAGAAGCCAUGGCUCAUUUUCCACCAGGUACUAUGCCACUGAGAUCUCCCCAUGAAAUACCACCAGCUCAUUAUAUGCAUUCUCACGUCAUGUACCAACAAUUUUUACGUCAGUCAUACCACCUACCUAGAUCUCCCUUGAUGCCUGGUAAUUUAGAAAAGGCAACAGAUGGUCAGGAAGGAGAAGAAGCUCCAGUAACAUCACCUCCUUUAGAAUUACGAAGGCCUGGAUCUGUUGGUCUGUCUUUGAGUGGAAGAUCCGCUACCGUCCCUCAUAGUCUACAGUCACCACAUGACAGAACAACAGAUUCACCACAAGUGGGUCAAGUAUACAAUGUUCAUACUCCACGAAUGCAACAGCAUUACCAUACGGGUCGUUAUUAUGAAACCGGAGAACCUCCUCCAGCCCAUCGGCCUCUUACAAGUCAUUCCUCUUUUGCCGCGCUUGGUACAGAUCGUUCAGUAUCACACGUAAAUACCUUAAGCGCGACUUCCGACCAACGCACAUCUUUGAUGCCGACGGAUCGUCUUAGUCAUACUACUAUAACCACUAGUCAUUUAGGUGGCCUGGGAGUCCCUGAACGAUCUCCGUUUACCGCCCAAGGUCUCACACUAGGAGCUGGCCUUGGAGCGGCCGGAAAUUUAAUAGGGGCAGUAGCUAGACACGUAGGAGCAGAAGCUCCAGCUAGUCAAAGGGGACUACAGGCUGCAACGCCUCCUCAUGCAAGUCAAGUGCCCCCUCAAGCUGAAAGUCUUCUCAUGCUACUUAAGCAAUACCCUUGUAUGUGGCAAGGACUUCUGGCUCUUAAAAACGAUCAGGCAGCAGUACAAAUGUAUUUUGUUUCGGGCAACGAACAGGUGGCUAAGUGUAGUUUACCAAAAAACAUAGAUGGCUCCACACCGCCUUUAAGAAUAUUCCAGAGAAUGAGACUUGAACCUCCUCAAGUAGAAGGUGUUGCAAGAAAGAUGCAGAUGGAAAACGAACAUUGCAUGUUGCUUGCACUCCCUUGUGGUCAUGAUCAUAUGGAUGUUUUAAAACAAUCGACUAAUUUGACGAACGGAUUUAUAACGUACCUUCAGCAAAAGCAGGCUGCUGGCAUAGUCAACGUUGCUGCUCCUGGAACAACACAGCCGCCUGCUUAUGUAGUUCACAUAUUUCCAUCUUGCGACUUCGUCAACGAAAAUCUAAGACGCAUAGCUCCCAGUCUAUUAGAAAGGGUAGCGGACAUAGCACACUUGUUAAUAGUUAUAACUACAGUGUGAUAGCUUCUAAUAAUAAUAAUAGUAGUAAUAAUUGUGGUAAAAAUGAAAAAACGGAGAAAGGAAUAUGCGACGAUUAUUAUUAUUGUUGUUAUUGAUUGUUAUUACAUUAUAAAUUGUUUUCGUCACGCUGCAUUCGAUUGCCAAUUUUAAUUAUAUGAUACUGUAAUAAUGCACUUGAAAUGGCACUGUGCUGAAAAGUUGUAUUCUUUUUUGACGGAAUUAAUGGCAAUUAAUUCUUCAGCAUCAGUCAAACUACUGUGAAUGUUUCUAUAAAUGAAAGUCCACUUUACUUCAUUUGCAUUAACUGUAAAAUGAGAAACAGGAGCAAGAUUUACCGUCACAUCGUUUCGAUCGAUGGUAACUUCGUAUCGAGCAAAACGUGUUUUAAUCUCGAAAUAAGAUGCGAAACAAUAUUCUUACUAAACGAUAAAUUGAUGAGAAAUAAAUAUAAAUUUACUUAAAUAUUUAAAAUUUCACUGUGAUUUCUUGACAAAAGUAGUUAGCGUUAUUAAUAAACAAUUAUUAUUAUUAUUAAAGAUUAACUGAAAAACUUAUGAACAUUAGCGAAACCUGUAAUUAUUAUUAUUGCUAUUGGUAAUAAUAAUAAUACCUAUUUAAGAGAU